GACAAAUUCAAAUAUGCUUAGAAGCAGCUUGAAUAAUUCUCGUGCUGAAACUUGUUUCUAGUCGUAGUUCUUGAUCUCUAGCUAGUAUCUCCGAGAAUUGCUCUAUCUCUAGCAGCUAGUAUCUCUACCUAGUAUCUCGUUGUCACUAGAAUUUCAGCAACACUCAAAACUGAACGGCAAAAAUGACGUCGAAGCAAUUCCACGACAAGGGAGCUUUUCGCUCCGGCCUCGGCUCGAAAGCCGGUGGCUUCGUUGCGCAGAAGUUUUUUCAUCCUUCCAACCACAGAAACCAGGAGAAGAUGUGGCUUUACGAGGAGCGUGAAAAAGACGCCAAAAAACGCGCUGAGGAACGCACUAUGCGGUUGGAGGAAGAGCGCAAACUAGACGAACUGAGAAAGGCGAAUGCGUUGUUAGGACAGAAGAUGAAAGGCGGAGGCUCGUCUUCGUCGAAAAAUGCUGGUGGUAGUGGAGACAAGAAUGCAAAUGCUGAAGGUGGCUUGCGUGCUGGCAGUAGCAGCAGUGCUGGAGGUGGCUCGAAACCGAAUUUCGACGACAUGUACUCGGCUCUGGCAAUGCGUAAAAACAUCGAAAAGCUGCCGCCGGAGCAACGUGCGGCAGCAAUGGAAACGCAGAAAAGGCUGAAAAAGAUGCGAGAAGAGCAAGCAAGAUUGCUUGGAGGUGGUGAUGGGGCUGGAGAGGAUCCUUCUGGCACUACUGGUUCAUCUUCUUCGCAUAUGAUUUCGUCUAAGGGACUGCUGUUCGACGGCUUGCUAGAUGACGCUGAAGACGGCACACCAGGCGGGAAGCGCAAGCGCAAAAAACGGC